AUGCAAAAAUGCGGAAUUUGGAAUGAUAUUAUGGCAGCCGUAAAUUUAGUAGCGUAUCAUUCAGAUAGUUUAAUAUACCAUGUCAAUAAUAAUGUAGUAGAGUCUUACAAUAGUAUCGUUGCAAAAUAUGUAGGUGGUAAAAGGAUAAAUUUUUCAUUCAAAGGUUCUUAUAGUACUCGACGUAAUACUGCAGUGUCCUCCUAUAAUUUUGGACCACAAUAUUUACGUCACUUCAUAAAAAUCACAGACAGAAGUCCAGGAAUAUUUACGAAAGACUUUAUAUCAAAACACAUAAAAAGUCAACGACAGAAACAAUUAAGGAAAUCGCUUCAAUCAAAACCUCGAAUCCAGAGAAAAUUAAUAGCUGGACCAGACGAAGACUAUGGUGCUGUAAAUGAAGAUUUAGGAUGUAAGCCACUACUGAUUGCUCGUGAAGAAAUGGAGGAGCAAAAGUUAUUAUUCUUAUCACGACUUAGGCUUAGUCAGGAUGAUAUUAUUCAAUUGGAACGCCGAACUAUUGAACAAUCACAAUGUGAAGAAUGGAAAAAAGAACGAUCGUACAGACUGACUGCUUCUAAUUUUGGCAAAGUGUGUAAGCUACGUAAAAGCACAAAUAGAAAAAAUACAAUUAUUUCUAUUUUGUAUAAGUCUAAUUAUUUCCAUGGAACUACUGCUACCAGUUAUGGUAUACAAUUCGAACCCGUAGCUAAAAAAGCAUUCGAAGCUUUACACAACUUCAAGGUUCAUUCUGCCGGAUUAUUUGUUGAUCCAGCACUCCCUUACUUGGUUGCAUCUCCUGACGGACUUGUUGGAGACGAUUGUAUGUGUGUUGAUAAAAUUGAACGGGAUGAUUUAUUUUGGUUGAACAAUAUGGAAAUACCUUUGUCAGAAUUUUACCUUGGUCAUAAUAUGGUACCAGAAAUAAUUUUUCCGCAACUUAAUAUAAUAUAA